AUGCUAACAGUCAGUCAGUGUAGAGAAGAGCCUUCUGGGUUGUCUGAGAUUCCUGUCGCUGUGCACGUCCCUGUAGUGAGCUCCAACCAGAGCCAUGGGGAGUACCCAGAGUGCCGCAGCGAGAGGGAGUCUGGAGGGGAGGCGUCUCUCCUGGUGUCUCCGCUGGUGGUGGCUGGGAUUGUUAUAGGACUGGUCCUCUUCCUCUCCUGCAUCACCAUCAUCAUCGGCAGCCUGCGGAAAGACAGUCGACUCAGAAACCCACACUUUGGCGCCAGCUAUGGUCAAGAUGGAUUUUCCUUUGGGGGUUCAGCAGGGGAACUGAGGUCCAGCUGCUUAGAGGACUUUCCUCCUGGUUUAGAUUUUGACUCCUUCAGAGAUCUUCCACAGAUUACCAGCCUGUAUCCUGACUCUCCACCAGGCUACAAUGAGUGUGUGGGACCAGAUUUGACUCAGAUCUACGUACCGACCGAUGACCCACCCCCAUACUCCCUGCUGGACCCGUGCUUGAGCCUGGGCGGCCCAGAGGAGCAGCCUCCACACUCGGGUCCAUCAGAUGCUUCACAGUACUGUGGAGAGACGUCCGUCAGGACUGCCUGGUCCUCAUCGUCCUCCUCCUCUUCCUCCCACUGUUCCCUGGGACUACAUGAGUGGGAGCAGCAACAGCCCCUACCCUUCUUGCAAUGUAACCCUAACAAACACUCAGACUGGGACUAUGACGAAAACUCCCAGCAACUCCCGGCCAACCACAGCUCCUAAGACCGUUAAUUUGAUUUCCUCAGAUGAGCUCUCAGCUUUCUCCUGGUUAUUAAAGCUAACACUUAGUGAGCAGCUGGGCACCAAGCAGUAGAAAGCAACAAUGUAGGAAUGUCUUCCAUACAGUUGCUAAAACACUAUGGCCGCUUCAAGGAAAUCUUUUUGUAAUCAACAGAUGGUUCAUCUGAAAUGAUGCUUUUCUGAACAACCUGUUAAGCUACACAGCUCAGUUUUUUCUUGAUAUUUUUAAGGUUAUUAUUGUGGCAUAAUAACCUUCCACAAGGUUAUAAUAUUUGGUGUUUAUCUACCAUCUAGUUUGUGCAGCCAUCUAAACUAGAUGAUCUAUCUAUCUAUCUAUCUAUCUAUCUAUCUAUCUAUCUAUCUAUCUAUCUAUCUAUCUAUCUAUCUAUCUAUCUAUCUAUCUAUCUAUCUGUCUGUCUGUCUGUCUGUCUGUCUGUCUGUUUGUCUACCAUUAUCUGCUGAGUGUAGAUAAACACACUCAGCACAGUCUCAGAUUUCUUUACAUUUGCUCUAAUAUUAUGUAUUAUGUUGAAAACCAACACAGGACUCUAGACAUGAUAGCAGAGUGCUGUUCACCAAUGACAGUUCUGUGAGGACAGAGUCCCAGACAGCUCCUUUUUUUCUGCUCAUCGCUCCCUAUAUACAAUCACAUCCAUUAACAAACUAAAUAUUUAUUCAUGUAUUAGUUAUGGGGUGCCAUUUAUUAAAAUGCACAGUCAAAAAUUAAUGGCAAUAACUAAACAUAAGCUAAAUAUUCCAAUCCAUACCAGCUUGAGUUAUAAAGCACUAUAAAAACAGCACAGAUGACCAAAGUGUUGUACACCAGUGGUCCCCAACCUUUUUAUUACCUUGGACCGGUCGAGGCUUGGCGAUUUUACUGCAAUCGGGGGAAAAAGGGGGAUUAUCAGAUUUUUUUUUUUUCCUGAUUUUCCCAUUACUACAAUCUUACAACGUCCUGCAGUGAGUGGUGGUGGUGUCUGUCUGCUAAAUAUGCCCAAUAUAACAUGGGGCAUAUUCAACAUGUUUGAUUGUUUUGGCCCUUUUAUCGUCGCGUGUGAGGUUUUCCCUGACUGGGAGCAAAGAACUCAGCCUGUUGAAUGUGACAGGUAGCCAAUCAGAAAGCACAAAUAGUUGAAAUGGCAACUGAGAGUCCGGUGGAUGUGGAAAUGUUUAUUACUUUAUUAUUAUAUAUGUUUAGUAUAUGUUAUGUUUAUUCGGUUAAAAAUGUUGACUAUGAAAAAACAACUCAACACACAAUCACAGUGCAGCAAAUAGAGCGGCUGCUCCUGCCAUCUUAUAUCCAAGGCCUUUUCUUUUUGUUUCGUCUAUUAUCUCUUAAAAUGAUCCACAAGUCUCGUUGCAAGCAGCAAUUGGAGCUCAACUCGUUCUGAAGCAGCACUCAAGACCUGGUCAAAAUUAGUAAAAGAAAAUAAAGAGUCCUGCCUACCAAUCAGAUAGAUAGCAUGUGAUCAGAAUUUUAGCCCAAAUAAAACAGAUAAUACUUUCAAAACAUGGAUUGAUAAAGGUUUGAUAAAAUACAAUGACUUGCAUUAUAAAGGCUGUCUGAGGGUCUUUCAAGAUAUUAAGCCAAAAUAUAAUCUUGAUAACAGACUUUUCCUGUCAUCUUCAAAUCUGGUAUUAUUUAGAAAAAACAAAUAAAGAUGAACCAGACAGAGCAUUCACUGGCAUAUUGAAUAUCUUUCUAAAAUAAAAUAAAAUUUCAUAAAUUAAGAUCCAAAAUGUAUCAUGAACUACAAAACAUGUAUGGUGCGCUGAUGGUUUUACUGGAUCUUCUUCAGGAAUCGUGAUGUUCAUGAGUGGAAUCGGUUCUUGUGGCGUGUUGCUCCUGCCGUGUGGCUGGACACACGAACCGACCGAACCUGUUGGACUUUAUCGGCUCUGUGGUCACAAAGGUUUGGAAAAUCGGCCGGCAAUCCUAAAGUUGUGCCAUGUGAGCCAGACAUAAGGCUCACAAGCUCUUCUCCUCUCAUCUCAUCUUGUCUCAUAUCAUCUCAUCUCAUCUCAUCUCAUCUCAUCUCAUAUCAUCUCACUUCCCUACACUCGCUGACUCUGGUCGCCAUGGUAACGUUUACAUAUCCCUUCAAAAUAACAGAGAUGCGCCACAAAAACCAACAUUUUACUUUCAUAAAAAUGUUAACUCACCGUGACGACUUCCUGGUGCAAAACACGAUUUCUCCGCUCAGUGCCUCAGACAAAUGAU